AUGGACGCGAGCAAGGCUAAACAGAAGCGCAAGAGCUACACUAUCAAGGACAAACUCGCCGUGAUUGCCGAACACGAGGAGGGCGUCAGUGGCAGCGGCUUCCAUGCGCUCGGUAUUAAGCACGACCGACUCCCCGCCUGGAUCCUCGAUAGGAAUGCCAAGGGACUUCGUGUGAAGGACAGCUACAUACGGCUGCAAGCGCAGAACAUCUACCGCAAGCUACACGGUCCCGACGCGCCCAAGUUCGAUGCAUCUACGGGGUGGCUGGUGCGCUUCAAAAAGACGAAGCAACUCGUCUCUCGCCGGCAAACAACGACGCGCACGCUUUCCGGCGAUGCUGCAGAGACCUGCCGGGACUUUAUCCAGCGCGUGCAGCAGCUUUUUGCCACGCACAACAUCCAGUCGAGAAACAUCAUCAACAUGGACCAAGUGCCCCGUUACUUUGAGACGGAACCUAAGACCACGAUUGCGACGAGAGGCUCGCGUGAAGUUCUACUGCGGAAGGGCGGAACAAGUCACAAGGUAGUUUCAGGUGGGGCGUCAGGGCAGGACUUACGUACACAGUCUAUUUUCGGUGAUAUCUUGGAGUUUGUAUAG